CUUGAGUUUAGAGUGACCUAAACUGCACCCACCACUACCAAAGAAUGGGUUUCUCUUCAGAUGCUCUCAAACCUCUAUAGUAUUUGUGUCCUUGUGCUCGUGGUUUUGGUGAAGUGAAGCACAGAGAGGAUUCAUUAACUGCUUAAAAGACACAGAAUGUGCUCAGAAUUAAGAAUGAAGAUGCUGGUGUGGUUUGUGUUUGUGCUGGGUGCACUCUCGGCUGCAGGUGAAGUUUUUGUUGCAAAAGUCGGGGGGAAAGUCACAUUGAAGUGUGGGGUCAGCAGCUACACACGCUCUCUGCAGUGGAUUCAUGGAACUGACAUUCUUUACAGUGUUUUUCAGAGAGGCGUCCCUGACAAAGGCGCUGUUGAUCUUGCACAGAGGUCAGUCGUGAGACAGACGAAUCUGGAAAUCUCCAGUGUGAAAGAAACAGAUGCUGGAUGGUUCAUAUGUUCUGCAGAUCAGACAAUUCAUCAACAUUCACUUUCUCUGUUCUCAGUGUCCAUCGUUCCCUCUGCUGAUCUCCUGCUGGGCAGCGAGGCAACGCUCCAGUGUGACGUGAAAGGUUUCAUUGGAGGUUGUGAAGUGAAGUGGAAGAGCCCAAAUGUAGAUUCACCUGAAUGGUCACCAACAGCUCAACUCAAACCUGUAACAAGUGCACAUAACGGGACCUGGCAGUGUAUCAUCACCUGUGGCAGCAAUCAGCUUAGUGAGGAUCUGACCAUCACAGUCCAAGAGCCGCCUCCUACAACAUCAACAACAACAGCUUCACUGUGCAGCUCGAAGGAUAGCCCAAAGACCAUCUUUGCCAUUGUGUGCUCAGUUUUGCUUUCUUACUUCCUGCUGUGAUUAAUAAAUAAUUGUUUUUAUGUCAGCUUUUUUCAGCAGACAGCUUCAGCGUUAAGGCAUCCACACAGCAUUUUCGCAGGAAAUGCAAAUUUUUCUGGUAAAUAAUUGUUUUUAUGUCAAACUGUGUUCUUAUGUGUUCAUUAUGAAUUUCCUAAUUUUUUUCUUAUUCUACGUAACUAUAUUAAAAGAGGCAAAAUCUGCUCAAAAUUGAGGGCACAAACUACAUUUUAAUAGAGGUAAUAUUUUGUAAAGUGAAAGUUAAUUUAACGUGACUAUCCUGGAAACACUUUCUUUUUGUUCUAAAACAGUCCAAAUUACUGGCCGAGCCACCAGUUUCAGAGCAGACUGAAUAUUUAACGUCUUUCAUGAAUAGAUGCAUGUAAGGAGUCUUAAGCUAGAAGCUUUUAAACAAGAAGAAACAUCUAUCAGACAAUCUGAGGAUGGUAUAAGUAAUAAUAUAAGUAUUUCCAUCACAAGGAAAAAAUAAGAACUUCUUAAUUAUUCUGACUUCAGUUUCUUUAAUGUUAGUCUACUCCUCAAGUGAAGCUGGAUAAGUAUAAACAUCUACCUUACCUGGGAGACUGGCUCAGCUUAUAAACUCUGAACAGGGAAAUUGUGGCCCUUUAUACACACAGGGGCACACACACACACUAUGGAGGGUAUGGCCGGGUAUUUACUGGUUCUUCUUGGGUCUAGUUUUAAAUAAAAUAGUUUCAGUUCAUUUCUCUGAAAAAUGUUCCCUUAACUCGAUUGAUUUAUUUCUGGUGCACAAUCUGCUGCCUGACUGCAGAUCAUUUAUAAAGUAAUAAAUAGACACUGUUGAGACAACAGCCUAAACGUGAAGCAAGUAGGUGUUUCUGCAGAACUGCAUACAUUCAUUUACUUUGCACUUUGAAGAACAUGCCUCUGCAUCUCAGGGGCUUUAUGUGGUGAGGUGAGGGGCAGGAAGUUGGUUUCCUUAAUGUAUAACAGAAAACAUAAAUCAUGCAUGGGAAACUAACAUUUAUUAUUGUAUCUGUAUUUUGGAUUAAACAGGCGCUGGGGUUUCAGUUUAUAAAACAUUGUUUAGGGUCAUUGUAUGAAUGUAUAACAAAUGUAUUAAAAAUCCAUUAAAUUUUAAUUUCACCAGAUUUCAAUAAACUUAAUG